AACAAACGUGCGUUACUAAAGCUGGCCACAGAAAACAGCAAUGAACAUGGAUCUAACUCAGAUAACUUGUGUUUUGACUUUCCUUUGCUUUGCUUCAAUUGACUGUUUAAUGUUCCAUUUGCCUGCAAAUGCGAAAAAAUGUUUACGAGAGGAGAUCCACAAGGAUGUGUUAGUGACCGGCGAUUAUGAACUGUCAGACGCACCGGGUCAGAAAGCAACACUCACGGUUACAGACUCCAAGGGCCACAUACUCUAUACUAAAGAUGAUGCUAAGAAAGGAAAGUUUGCCUUUACAACAGAAGAAUAUGAUAUGUUUGAAGUUUGCUUCCAGACAAAGAUGGUUGGAGGUGGACAUGGUGGGGACAGAGAGGUGACACUGGAUAUGAAGCACGGAAUCGAGGCCAAAAGUUAUGAUGAUCUAGCAAAGGCUGAAAAACUGAAACCUCUGGAAGUAGAGCUGAGGAGACUGGAGGAUCUCUCAAAAUCCAUAGUUGAUGAUUUUGAAUAUAUGAAAGAACGAGAGAAGGAAAUGAGAGAUACAAAUGAGUCUACCCACUCACGUGUGAUGUACUUUAGUAUUUUCUCCAUGUGUUGUCUCCUUGGAUUGGCCACAUGGCAAGUGCUGUACCUACGACGUUAUUUCAAGGCCAAGAAACUUAUUGAAUGAGUGGGAAUGUUGUCUAGAAUUAAACAAUUAUCCAUAAUCCUUUUGGGUGAGCAUUUCCACUCAUCACGAAGAUAACAUUUUGUUAUUUAUUUUCGGAUAUAGUUUUAAGGGUAUUAAAUAAUAAGGAUAAUCUUCCAUAACUUUCAAAAAACCAGUAAAGAUAAAUUUUUUGCAGUGAUUGAACUUUUUUAAUGGGAAGUCAUUCCCUACCAAAUUGGUCUUUGACAAAAACAUCUAUAGCAUCCUCCAAAUAUGCAUGUCAUCCAUUGACCUUGUUGAUAAUUUGCUAUUAAAACGGAUUGAUAUAUUGAUUGAAAAGUCUUUUAAAGAAUUUGUUUUCCUGUUUAAGUAAAAAAGUGUGUGAAGUUUGCCACUUUAUUUUGCAGAUUUAAUUUUGCAAAAAGAAUUAAUUCCAGAAAUAUUAUCAGUAAUACCUCUGGAGGCAUUCAAACAAUUCAAUACUUAUUUUAAAGCAUACAAGUUACAUUAAUCCGGUUUCUUUUGGUUAGUCCCAUGUCAGUUUUUAUUUUGGCUUGCUAUCACUCAAACCAUUUAGUAUAGAAUUUAUUUUGUGGUAAAUUGAUGUUUGCAUCAAUUAAUUUCAGUCAUAUUAUUAUCAGAAUAUACUAGAAUUAUUUAUAAAUGAAAUUUUCAACUCAAUAGCUAUUCAUGUGUUUGCCAAACUGCAUGAAUAACUUUCGAAAUACAAUUUUGUGUGGAAAAAAUAAGGUAUAUUUUUAUGGCAAAAACACUAGAAUAUGCAUUUUAGAAAUAUGUGGAAGGAAGUGUAAUAUUCCAUCAAUAUUUGUCCUUGAAUAGGUGUUUGUUGAUUUAUCAAUUAGACUUAGUCAGUAUGGUGAUUUUGCAUGAGAGAGUGAGAGAUUUGAAUGUUUUAAUUAUAUUCUUUGAUAAGGAUGAAUGAUUGUAUCUUGAACCGAGAUUUUGAAUGAGACCAAGCAGGUCGUCAGUGCUGCUAUUAAAAUCUGCCUGUAUAAUGAUGUUGUAUUUAGCUAUUUGAUAAAAAUUAUUCAGAUUUGUGAGAUUUUAAAUAGUGUACUUUUUGUGUCAUCAGCUUUACAUCAUAUCUUACAUCAGUAUAAAUAUAAUACAAAUAAUUAAACAUUUUUUCUAAUUGUGUCCUGAAACUAUAAGUGCUUGAUUUCGGUUUGUAAGAAAUUUGAUUUAACCCCAUUUCUUAAAGAACACUGACUUUUAUAGAGUAAUAUAUUUGUAAAUGGUGCAGAAGAUGCCAAUCAUCUCGAGAGUAAUUCUGGUCUGUUGGUGUGUAUGUAUGUGUACAAAACUUGUACAUCUUUAUUAUAACUGGGUCCUUUUGUAAACCAUCAUGUAUCAAAAAGAGAAAUUUAUGGAGUUAUUGUGAAUAUAGUGAGUGAACCAGGCUGUUGAAAGUUCUAUAUAUAAGUGUACGAGGUGUAACAUUGAUCGGUGUGGAUGACUUGGGAGAGAAACAGGAUAUAUAAUGUUCAACCUCUCAACUUUUUAUUAUAACAAUCUGUUUUCUGUCAAGUCGCAGAAAUGAAUGGAGCCUUUGUUCAAACUGCAGUGAUAAAACACCUCAAAUGAAAUUUUCAAAUCUUGUGGGUUUUUUUGUGUUUUUUUUUUGUUCAGAUGAAGCUUUAAAGAUAUUGGCAUAGUUUUUCAAAAUCAGAAUUAGACAUUCACUAACAUAUUUUUAAGCUGGAAUGUUUGUAUAUUUGGAAAAACGUGUAGAUGUUCAUUUCAUUAUUUUGUUAUUUAUGGGUUGAUUAUGAGAAUAAUUAUGCGCUUUAAUGAAUGACAUUAUUUUCAUUUCUUUUUUCCCCCCAUCUCAGUGAUAAUGUUUCCCAGGUGUAUUCUGCAAGCCUGGAUUCUUUGUGAGGUUGAAGUGAAAAUGGAAGAUAAGAAGCAUUAUGAUAGAUUUGCAAUUGUAAAUAUUUCCCUGGAAAUAUGGUGAAUAAAAGAAAGAUAAAUUAC